AUGGCUUGUAGAGAGGCGCUACAACACAGAGCUAGGGAAAGAGGCCUGUGCCUUCAGAGUUUCAGGCAGGUUCCAGUUGAGAGCCGUGGAGGAGACAUGAUAGCAAAGGGGGACGAUGACAGGGAGGAGGAGAAAGAGCAGUACAAGGCAAACAGAUGCCCUUUUCUUGCCUUAUAUGCUUCUAAAGACACCUGGGAGAGCGUCGGGCAGCAGAGGAAUACUGCUUCGACGCAAGUUUAUGCACUGACGCCGGAAGAUGUUGAUGCAGCAAGAGAUGUGGUGACAAGUACUGUUUCAAUAUUAUCAUUUAAAGGUACCGCUUUGUUUGAUUCUGGGUUACCGGGGACACAGAUAUUCUCAAAGAUAGACAUACACUCUAGUUACCAUCAGGUGAAAGUCAGGGUGGAAGAUGUUCCGAAGACAAAAUUUAGAACACGAUAUGGCCACUAUGAAUUUAUGGUUAUGCCAUUUGGUUUGACCGAUGCUCCUCCAGUGUUUAUGGAUUUGAUGAACAAGAGCCUAGAGGAGCAUGCGGAAUAUCAGAGGAUAGUGCUUCAGGUGGUGAGAGAAAGGGAGCUAUAUGUGAAACUCAAGAAGUGCGAGUUCUUGUUGGAAGAGGUUACCUUCCUUGAACACGUUAUAUCUAGGGAUGGUAUUUCUAUUCAUCCAAGUAAGAUUAAGGUGGUGGUAGACUGA